UUCCGCACCUGAUAACGAAAUGUCAAAAGAUGCGCAGACGCAUGUAGUUCGGACGUGAAAAUCGUCAGUAAUCGCCCAGACGCCAUGAAGAGCGCAAUGCUAACGCGCGUCGCUCUAAUUCUAGCAUUGUCAUGCGUUUUAGUUCAAUGCAAAGUAUUUACUCGAUGUCAGUUAACUCGUGAACUUCUAAAAAACUAUUAUCCAAGGACAUUCCUCAGCAAUUGGGUAUGUCUGAUUGAGCAGCAGAGUGAGAGAAACACUUCAGCGUUAGUAACAAAAUCCCCGCGGAGGAAGUAUUAUGGAUUAUUCCAGAUAGGAAGUGAGUGGUGCAAGGAAGGCCGCAAAGGUGGCAAAUGUGACAUUUCGUGCGAAGCCUUACUUGAUGACGACAUCAAGGAUGACAGCGUGUGUGCCUUGAAGGUGUUUGAGCUCGAAGGCUUCAAGUAUUGGUCCAAAUGGGAGGCCCGGUGCAAGGGGCAGACGCUACCUGAUAUCGAAAAAUGUCCAGAUUGGCAACAUCCACCUACAAACACUAGAAUGUCGCCGGUAAGAGACAAAAGAACCCUUAGAGGCCGGAGAGCCAUUAGAAUGAGACAAAUAAUACGAAAGGAAUUGAUUUGAUCAAUAAAUAUCAAAAGGUU